AGUCCCAGCCAGCGUUCCGGAGCGCCAGGGAGCAGAACUGGACGAGAGUCGACGAGGGAGUAGCGAGUGGUAGCGGCGCCAGCACCAGCAACGCCAGUUGGGUAUCGCUCGCGCAUCGCGGCCGUCGACCACGGCGGUGAGCCCGUCGUCGCCAUCGGCAAAUCACCCCUUUUUCAUCUCCCCCAUUCUGUGGACGGCCUUGGUCUCUGUCUAGGCCCGCGGCCGCCUAGGCUUCACCAGAGUAAGCCCCCCUCGCCCCUGGAUUCUGUCCCUUACCCCUACCCUAUCCUUUGAUGAUCGAGAGGUGCACCUGCGUGCGUGAGGUGCAUUUGUGCAACGCCACCGGCGACCCCGUCUUAUUGAUACGACGAAUUCACUGCUCCUGGAGCUCGGCGACGUCUUCUCUGCUGACACUCGCGACUCCUCCCUUCCCCCCUUAGGACCACAAGAUGGCGGACUACCAGUACGACCAACGCCGAUAUGGUUCGUCAUCCAAUAACCAGCGAGAUGCCGCCUUCUCCAACAUAUUUGGUGCUGCCCCUCCCCCGGGUCGAACUGGCACUAUGACUUCGUCGUCGCCGAGCGGACUUUCGCCGCACAUGCCGCCGCAGGACGGAAGAACCCAUACCAUGUCGUCCUUGUCGUCCGUGUCAGGCAUGUCGCCCGAUAUGCAACGGCGUCCUCCUCCACGACCUCAGCGGGGGGGUGGCUACGAGGACGCGAUGUCCGGUCGGACGAGAACAAUGGAUACGAGUAUGGCCAAUAGUUACUACCAAAGCCAGCGGAACCCGUCAGGCGGGUACCCCCCGAACCCCCAGGGGCAAGGGCAGUAUGGCAGGCUGCCGCCUCCUGGCCCGGACCGAAGGCCUUACCCCGGCCCCCCGCCGCAAGGCCCUCCCCGAUUAGAUUCGAGGGGACCGCCGCCUCAACAGCCGGGAUAUCCCCCCCGGAACCCCGGCCCUAGGUACUAUCAAGGCGGGCCCGGGGCCGGCUCCGGUCCUGCCAUGCGCGACGAUCCCUAUCGCUCCCAAUCUCUAGCUAGCGUUCCGCGACAACCGAUGUACCAACCACCACCGGGCUCUUACCAAUCCCCUCAGAAUAGCCUUCGGUCACCUCCGAGCGGUACCAUGUCCUCCCGAACGACGGCGCAGGGCCGGGUAGUACCCGAACGCUACGACGACCGAUCGAUGUCCAUGACUGGCCAUUUUCCGGAGCGCGACGCUCACCAGAUGAUGAGUGGUCGAGUGAUUCCCAACCGCGCGAGGGCCCCUUCUAACGAAGUCCCCAUGCCGAAUGGAAACACGAGCGGGUAUCCGGGUCUCAUUCCUACGCCGGGCACUGCAACUCGGACAAUGAGUAUGGCCUCGUCGACCUUGGGUGGCGACCACAGCCGGACCAUGUCAAUGGCUAGCACCAUUGUCCCCGAGACUUCGGAGGCCCGCCAGCAGCUGGUGCACAGACCGUCGAUAUCCUCGAGAUCAAUCGAAGGCGAGCGACCGCCCACCGCCAAGAUCCGACCACCUUUGGUUUAUCCUGCCCUCCUCUCGAGGGUUGCCGAGUGCUUCAGGCAGAAGAUAAUCACGGGCGAGCGAACAAAGAACGAGCUUACCUAUAAGAAUGCUUUUAGCGGCUCCGAGGCCGUUGACGUUCUAUCCUAUAUCAUCAGAACCACGGACAGGAAUCUAGCAUUGCUCUUGGGUCGAGCCCUCGACGCGCAGAAGUUUUUUCACGAUGUCACCUACGAGCACCGAUUACGAGAUUCGACGUCCGAGAUGUAUCAAUUUAGAGAAACGCUCAUGGAUGAACCGGAGGAGAAACAUCCCGUCAAUGGCGUCUUCGUUCUGCUCUCUGAAUGCUACUCGCCAACCUGUACCAGGGACCAGCUCUGCUACUCGAUCGCCUGCCCCCGAAGAUUGGAACAGGUGUCUCGAUUGAACCUCAAGCCACAAGUGGGUUUGAAGAAAGAACAGGAUGCCGCCAUCAACGACGAUGCAGACCAGACGGACGAACAGAAGCUCUGGAUCAAUACAGUGCCUAAGGAAAUUGCCGAGAGCGUAGGAGACAGGGAGAAGAAGCGACAAGAGGUUAUUUCCGAAAUCUGCUACACCGAAAGGGACUUCGUCAAGGACCUCGAGUAUCUUAGAGAUUUCUGGAUCCUGCCUCUACACUCGAAGAACUCGCCUAUCCCUGCCGCGAGGAGAGAGAGAGUUGUGCAGAAUAUUUUCAGCAACAUCAUCGACCAUCCGAGCAUACACUCGGUCAGUUCUAGAUUUGCAAAGGCUCUUACGGACCGGCAGCAGAAGAACCCCGUGGUCAAGAACCUCGGCGAUAUUUUCUUGGAGAUAGUCCCUCAGUUCGAGCCGUUCAUCUUGUAUGGUUCUAAGCAGCUGGAGGCCAAGUUCGAGUUCGAGAAUGAACGGUCAAGCAACCCGUACUUUGCCAAGUUCGUCGAGGAGAUCGAGAGGAGGAAGGAAUCGAGGAAGCUGGAGCUGAACGGUUACUUGACCAAACCCACAACUAGACUUGCGCGUUACCCGCUUCUCCUAGAGAACGUUCUGAAGUACACGGAAGACGGAAAUCCCGACAAGGAGGAUAUUCCGAAAGUCCUCGUCACCAUUCGUGACUUGCUAAGCAGAGUCAACGCCGAGUCCGGCAAAGCCGAAAACCGGUUCAACCUGCGCCGCUUGCACGAGCAGCUAAAGUUCCGCCCGGCCGAUCGAGUUGACCUGAAGCUGACGGACGAAGGCCGCGAGCUCGUUUUCAAGACCCAGUUCAAGAAGACGCCUACGGACCCUACCGAUAUCACGGCCUUCUUAUUCGACCACGCCGUUCUUCUCGUGAGGAUCAAACAAGUCGGAAAGGGCGAAGAGGUGAAGGCGUACAGGAGACCAAUCCCGCUCGAACUGCUCUCCAUCAAGGAAAUGGACGAGGUUAUCCCCCAGGAGGGCAUAAAGCGGGCGUCUUCGAAUUUACCCUUCCGCGGUAACGAUUCCGGUAAGAAGACGACCGACGGCUGGCCGAUAACAUUCCGACAUCUAGGUAGAAAUUACUAUGAGCAGGUGUUAUACGCGUCGAAUCAGACAGCCAGGAAAAAGUGGCUCGAGUUUAUCGAUGCAGCCCAACAGCGCCUUCGAGCGCGAGCCGAUUUCUUCAACGUCAGCACCCUCUCUUCCAACUUUUUCCAAGCUGGAAACCUGGUCAACACAGUCACACCCUUCGAUGGCGGCCGUAAGUUGAUCUUUGGCACUGAUCACGGCAUCUAUGUCUCGGAUCGCAAGGUCAAGGAUCAGGCGCCCAAACGAGUUAUCGAGGCGCAGCAUGUCACGCAGGUUGACGUGUUGGAGGAGUACGGUCUCUUGCUCGUGUUAUCGAACAAGUCUCUCCUGUCGUACCCACUUGCGGCCCUGGACCCCAAUGAACCGGCGUUGGGGAAGAGACCAAAGAAGAUCCAGAACAACUGCAACUUCUUCAAGACAGGCAUUUGUCUGGGUAGACAUCUCGUCUGCUGCGUCAAAUCUAGCGCACUCUCGACGACGAUCAAGGUCUACGAACCCAACGACUCGAUGAGCAAAGGCAAGAAGCAGAAAGGAUUUGGUAAGAUGUUCAACGCCGGUCAGGACGAAUUGAGGGCAUUUAAGGAAUUCUACAUCCCGACUGAGUCGUCGUCCGUUCACUUCCUCAAGAGCAAAUUGUGUGUGGCAUGCGCUAGAGGUUUCGAGGUUGUCGCGCUCGAUACGCUCGAAACCCAGUCGUUGCUUGACCAAGCCGACACGUCGCUCGACUUCGUCGCGAGAAAGGAGGGUGUCAAGCCAAUCCAUAUCGAGCGCCUUAACGGGGAGUUCCUUCUUAACUACACAGACUUCUCCUUCUUUGUUAAUCGAAAUGGCUGGAGGGCGAGGCCCGAAUGGCGCAUCGACUGGGAGGGGACCCCGCAGUCCUUUGCCCUCUCAUAUCCAUGGAUCCUGGCGUUCGAGCCGAGCUUCAUCGAGCUCCGUAACAUCGAGAGCGGCGCAGUCCAUAUUGUUCCCCACAAAAAUAUCAGGAUGCUACAUAGUAGUACACAUGAGAUCAUAUUCGCGUACGAAGACGAGGCAGGACAGGAUGUAGUUGCAGCGCUUGACUUUUGGAAGAGUGCUCGAAAGUCGGAGAUGCUCGCGCCUCCAUGA